AUGGCGACGGAACCGACUGGGAGAAAAGGUGCAGCUGGGCAAACGUAUAGUGAUGCCAUUUGCAGUUUUGUUAUCUGCAAUGAGUCUUCCCUUCAGCGGCAUCAGAUCAUCUUUAAUCCAGACUUCUUUGUGGAGAAGCUGAGACAUGAGAAACCUGAGGCAUUCACAGAACUUGUGGUCAGCAACAUUACCCGAUUGAUUGACUUGCCUGGAGCAGAACUUGCUCAACUGAUGGGUGAGGAAGAGCCCCAGUUGCCUGGUGGGCCUAGCAUUUCCUCAGGUUUUUUCCGUUCCUUGAUGUCUCUUAAACGCAAAGAGAAAGGAGUGGUAUUUGGAACACCAUUGACUGAAGAAGGCAUUGCUCAAAUAUCUCAACUCAUUGAGUAUUUGCACAAAAAUUUGCGGACAGAAGGCUUGUUCCGAGUGCCAGGAAACAGUACCAGGCAACAGAACCUGAAAGAAGCUUUGAAUAGCGGAACAGAAAUUGACCUGGAUUCCGGCGAGUUUCAUUCCAAUGAUGUGGCCACUUUGUUGAAGAUGUUCCUGGGAGAAUUACCAGAGCCUUUGCUGACUCACAAACAUUUCCAUGCACACCUUAAAAUUUCAGACCUGGUGCAGUUUGAUGACAAGGGCAACAAGACCAGCAUUCCAAAUAAAGAGCGUCAAAUUGAAGCACUGCAAUUGCUCUUCUUGAUCUUACCAGCUGCCAAUCGCAAUCUGCUCAAAUUGCUAUUGGAUCUGCUCUAUCAAACAGCCAAGAAACAGGAUAGGAACAAGAUGUCAGCACAUAACCUUGCUCUUAUGUUUUCACCUCAUAUUUUGUGGCCCCGAAAUGUGACUGCCAGCGAUCUGCAGGAAAACAUUAACAAACUGAAUAAUGGAAUGGCUUUCAUGAUCAAGCACUCACAAAAACUCUUCAAAGCUCCAGUAUAUAUCCGGGAAUAUGCCAGGCUACAUUACUUGGAUUCCAGAACUCAUGCCUCAAAG